AAACGGAAGGAAGGGCGUGGACUUGGGACCGCGCGAGAAGCCGGCGCGCCGCGAAAGGAGAGGUUUCCGGGAGAGACCAUGGCGUCGCUCAAUUGCAGAACCGCUGUCUGCGUUAUCUGUUUGGAGAAGCCUAAGUACCGUUGCCCCGUCUGCCGUGUGCCCUACUGUUCCGUGAUCUGUUUCCGGAAGCACAAAGAGCACUGCAACCCUGAAACUCGUCCUGUUGAGAAAAAAAUAAGAUCAGCUCUUACUACAAAAACUAAAGAGCCUGUGGAAAACAAAGUCCUAAGCAGUGGAUUGUGUCAUUCCUCAGAUGAUGACGAUGACUCUGUGGCUGAUUUUCUCAAUAGUGAUGAGGAAGAGGACAGAGUUUCUUUGGAGAAUUUAAAGAAUUUAGGGGAAUCUGCAGCACUGAGAAGCUUACUGCUCAAUCCACACCUUAGACAGCUGAUGGUCGACCUCGAUCAGGCGGACAACAAGGCAAAGCUCAUGAGAGCCUGCAUGCAGGAGCCCUUGUUUGUGGAGUUUGCUGACUGCUGUUUAAGGAUCGUGGAACCAUCCCAGCAUGAGGACUCUUAAGGGGGAUUAUUGUGCUGUGCUGCCUGCUCCUCCCAGGAGGCCAGCUUGUGCAGAGCCCUCAGCCGGGUCGGUGCUUCCCAGGACGCAGAGCGGCCAACGGGUAGGUCCUGCGCAUCCUUCCCUCUGCUGCCCAGGGCUGGGGCCCGGCGGAUGAAGGGACUCAAGGUGGCAAACCCUUUAUGGAGAGAGGGCUUGACAUUCAGAUGGUUGUUUUUACAUGUUUUAUUUUUGGUACAGUUACAUAAAUGAUAUCAAGUUUCACACCCAUUUGAGUUAGAACUUUCUUAGUGUUUCUAAAUGAAAUUAGGAUGGGGUGGUUCUAUGGUACAUUGCAUUGCUCAGCGUUCUUGAUUCCUAAUCUAGUUGUUUGAAAUUAUAUUAAAUAAAUCAACAAAUAUUUAAAUAGUAAGGUUCUGUUCCUUUUAAAGGAACUAAAAUGCCCAAUUUCCCCCAGCCAACAUUUUAGAGCUGAUUUCAAGUGGGGUUUGAGGCAUGGGGUACCCACUGUAGUGAGGGUGCCCACUGUAGUGAGGGCCAGCACCACUGAGUCGGAUCUGUGAAGGAUCUGCUUUGGUACCUACCAACCCUGACAACUGUCAGGGCUUGAGGCGUAGGUCAGAGUCCUGGCCUGGGCUGCAGGCUGGAGCCAUCGCUCUCCCACGUGUGCUCAGAGUCGCUGUGGGAGUCACUUGGCAGCCGUGUGCUGAUUAAAUGUCUCUGGCAAGGCAGCUGGCAGGAGAAGGCGGUGUGGAGACAAAGGCCCAGAGGAUGGCCCAGCCCGGUGAGGAUGGAUCACACGUGGCCCAGCUUGUGUCUUUCCAGCAGGAUCUGAUUAAAGCCAGUGACACUGUCAGGUGAAGGCUGGGGGCAGAUGUCAGCGUAGCGCAGUGGAGACUUUCUGCAGCGAAAUCUUAUUGAGCCCUGGGGAGAGAGAUGCAGCUCAGCCCCAGCUCUCAGAAGUACCUGGGCCAAAGGACCACCUCCCAGAGCACGCGCUAGAAAUGCAGGGAGGUGGGGACACCUUUGGUACUGCGGGUGUGAGAGUCAAGGCAGGAGCAGGGCUGAGUUAAGCAAUGUUUUUUUUCUUAUUCUAAGACAGUAGCAAAGACAGAGGCAGUAUUAAAAUGUAAAAUUUCAUAUCCAUUCAGUGUGAGACACAAAGGAGGGAGCGCUCCCCUACUGGGAAGUGUUGCCUGUCACGUUCUCAGGCCUGCUAAAGGCUGGAGGACCACAGAGUUACUCUGCAGUUUAGGCUCCAGCGGCCUGUGUGUUUUCUGGAGAUUUCAUCCAGAUUAUGUCCUAUAGGAAUUCCUCUGGCAGGAAAUUCAGUGUUUCCUUCCUUCUGCUUCAUCAAUGUCACUUAAUACUUCCAAAAGGCCCUAUUCUGUGCUGGCUGGCUCUCUCCCUGGCUGCCCAUAAUAUCCUAAGUUGGAGCACUUGGACCACUGACUCAUGUGCCUGUCAUUUCCUCAGCUGGAACAGGAUAAACAAGCCAAGGAUUACAACUUGAGGAAAAUGUGGUGACAAAUCCAGUGACAAUGGAAGGGAAAAAACUGUUAUCAUGACCCUAAUUUUCUGACAGCAAGACUAAUUUAAAGGAGAUUCAGAGGAGAUGCUAGAACACUUAGAGGUGGCUUUUAGAUUGCACUUUGUCACAGUCCUUUCACUAAGGAUGGGAACAGUCCAAGCUUUAGCCACUUGGGACGUGCAGGCUUCUGGUUCCCCAGCAAGGUUAGGAGGCUCUUGUCCCAGCCUCAGUUCUAUUCCUGCUGUGACUCCUGGGCUUUGCCUCCUGUCCUCGGGUGGGACAUGAGGGAACUGGAGCUGUCACAGCAGGACUGCUAUCCCAUAACCCAGCCUACCUGAGGCAGUGCCCGGAUGGACAUGACCCCGGCUUGGUCUUGUGCUGUCUGGAUGGUAUAGCUGCUGGGGGCGCCCACGGGGAGCUGGAGGCAGGCGAAGACCACCAGUUUCCUCUGAAAGCCACGGACUCCCACAGCCGCGUUGGCCAGGACCAGGCCCAGGGGCCAGAGUCGAGUUGCUCCUCCUGGGAGCCUGCUCUGUGCCUGGGGCAGUGAGAGGGAACUCGGGGAACGGGGAGCUUGAGAUGAGUGUUUUUCUUCCACACCAUCCAGUUCUUUAGAAGCAAGGAAGGCCAUUCUGAUCUUAAAAAGAGAAUACCACUAUUUAGGUUUUGAUUUAUCAGCUCUCUUAAUGGAAAACACAAACUAAAAGUCUCUUUAAUAAUUCGGCUCAACAAGGUGAACUGAAGGGCACCUGACUUGAUAUGGCACAACUUUAUGCCCAAGGCAGCCGUGCUUAGGCCUUACAGAGGCUGCUUAAAAAAGAGCCUUUGGAGUGUGCUUAGAGCAGGGGCCUGAAAUGGCUCGUCUGCUUACAACACAGCCAACAACAGGACAUCUGGGUUCAUAUGACAAAAGGCACAAAACUUGUGGCCUUCUUGUGAACAAACACCAACACAUGACUGGUGGGCAGGACCAGGAAAUUAGAAGAAAAGCUGCAGCUUUUGGUGGGGGAGUUUGCCACUGAGAGCCUUUCUGGGCCACGAGUGGUCUUAUAGAGGCAAAGGCUUCGAUCCUCUCUCUCUCUCUGAGGAGGAAAGAAACAAAUAGGUUGCAACUCACAGAAUGUGCAACGCUCCUCACUUCAUUAAAGUGAGCCCUAAGGUGAGCUGUGGGCUUUGGUGAUUAUGUGUCCAUGUAGUUCAUCCUUGGUUUAAAAAAAGAACAAAAAGGACCAACAUCAAUGAUGUUGAUAAUAGCUUUGUCUAUGCAGGGAGGGGGUGUAUGGUGAAUUUCUGUACCUUGCUGUCAAUUUUGUUGUAAACCUAACACUGCUUAAAAAGAACACCCUGGGUAGACAUUUCGGGCAAAACUUUUGUUUGACUUUUCUAUGUGUAGCCAUGUUUUAUAUAUGUGUGUUUACUGGGCUGUGAUAUAAAAUGUAUUUUUUAGAUCAAAAAAGUUUGCCAGCCACUGUAGUUAUGUUGGCAAAUAAAAGCACACAGUAGCCUAAAAAAA